AUGGCCGGCGGAAGAAGUACGAGGAGAGCCAAGGCGGACCAGGCGUCCGACCCGCCUGCUGGAAACACCACAAUCGAUGGCCACGAGCAAACCAAGCAACACGCCGCGGGCUCCUCCAAUCACUCGGUGGACGCCCAUGCCUCUGCGAAGCUGGACUCUCUUCAGAAUGACGGCAUCCGUUCUCUUCUCAACGUUGUUGAUAAGCUGCGCCAUGUUGGUCUUACUGGUGUCCUUUCACUUCCACAACUCGUCGUUUGCGGCGAUCAGUCUUCCGGGAAAAGCUCAGUCCUUGAGGCCAUCACUCGAAUUCCUUUUCCGCGCAACGCAAUGCUCUGCACUCGUUUCGCCACCGAGAUUGUCCUUCGCCGUGAGGCCAAACGAUCCAUUACCGCCAAAAUCAUUCCUGGCGAUGCUCAGUCUUCUGCGCGCUCCGACGAGCUCUCGCGCUUUGAGAAGUCGAUUACAGACUUUUCGAAGCUUCCGGAUCUCAUAAGCGAAGCCACAACGCUCAUGGAACGCGCUGGCUCUGGCGAUUCUUCGCACUUGAAAGCUUUCUUCGCCGACAUGCUCAGCAUUACAGUCUCGGGACCCGACUCGCCUCCACUCGCUCUUGUGGAUCUCCCUGGACUUAUCCACUCUGAGACGAAGACCCAGAGCAAGAGAGAUGUGGAAUUCAUCAAUGCCCUUGUCUGGAAGUACAUCAGCAACCCACGCUCGAUUAUCUUAGCCGUUGUCUCCGCCAAGCAUGACUAUGCGAACCAAAUCAUCUUACAGAAGGCUCGCGGUGUCGACCCCAAAGGAUUCAGAACCCUUGGAAUCAUCACCAAGCCCGAUUGCCUUGAGGAAGGCUCUACUGAUGAGCAGGUCUGGACUGCGCUUGCUCAGAACAAGGACAUCCAAUUUGAGCUGGGUUGGCACAUGCUCAGGAAUCGGACGCAGGCGGAAUCUAUUUCAACCUUUGAAGAGCGUGAUAUCAUGGAGAAGGUAUUCUUCGAAGGCAGGCCCAUCUACAAGAACAUGGACAAGAAGACUCUCGGUAUCAGUGCUCUAUGUGAGCGCCUCUCACACUUGCUCUUCGCUCACCUCAAGAGCGAGAUCCCCAAACUGAACAAGGAACUGAACGAAGAGCUGGUCAAGACUUCGAAUCGUUUGGUCACCCUGGGAGAGCAGAGGUACAGAAUGUCUGACAUCCGAGCAUUCCUAAUGAAGUCCAGCACGAAGUACAACACCAUUCUCGCUAACGCUCUGAGUGGUAACUACAACGACGACUUUUUCCGUAACGACACCAACCAUGUUUCCACGUCGGAGGCUGUCAGUUACACGAAGCUCCGUGCCGCUAUCCAGUACCAUAAUUCGCAGUUUGCGAAGCUGAUGCUAGUGUUUGGCUCAAAAUACAAGUUCAAAGGCGUUCCCUCCGAAGUCCUGGACAUUAUUGGCAACGAGGAUAACAUGGACAUCGACGGCGAACUUGAGUACUUGCCAUAUGCGAAGAGGCUCCAGAAGUCCAAGACACACAGCGAAGCCGUCGUCUGGGUUCGUGGUAAGAUGCAGUCAUCUCGCGGCGAGGAGCUCCCUGGUAGUAUCAGCGCGACUGUUCUGAAGGAGCUCUACUGGGAGCAGACGGCCAACUGGGAGAUCAUUACGGUGAAGUACAUUGAGGUCAUUGCGAAGCAUGUUCAGGACUUUCUAAAGAGCCUAACUCAGCAUGUUAUGCCCGCCGAUGUUGUAGAGCGGAUUUUGGAACGAAAGAUCUCACCGAACGCAGCUUCGCACAAGCGCAAUGCCAUCGACGAACUGAAACGCAUGGCUACCGACAACCGUCGCGCACCAAUGACGUACAAUCAUUACUUUACUGACACUAUCCAAAAGCUACGUCACCAGAAGAUGAUGGGUAGGGCCAAGGGCAUCGUCAACUCCAUGAACUUCGGCACGUACGGUCAAAGCAAGGUCGACACUGACGUUUUCCUCAAAACCCUCGAGCAGGAACUCGUUGAGCCGGACAUGGAGAAGUUCACGGCGGAGGAGGCUCUCAACUGCCUCAUGGCGCUGUACAAGGACAAGCUCAAGAACUUCAUUGCCGAAGUCACCGAGCAGGUCAUCGAGCGUCACCUCGUGGCGCCCCUACUCGACUCGCCCAUCUCUCAAGUCGCCCUCGUAAAGCUCUCGGAGGACGAGGCUCGUCAGCUUGCUGCUGAGCCCAAGCAUGUCAGCAACGAACGUACCCGGCUGUCGACGAUCAAGCGCAGCCUGGAGACGGGCAAAGACGCCUUUGAGCGUGCGCUGGUCCAGUUUGACUAG